GUAUGUGUACUAGCAUUUUAAGAGUUAAAAGCUAAUAUGUGUAAGGACAACCUCCAUAGUGCUGGCCUAUUUAGCAUAAACAAUAAGCAGGUAGACGUACCCGAUUAAAUGUAAUCGCCCGGGAGUAAAUAUAGUCCAUGAAGGUCUUACCGCACAUUGUACUCCGUUUUACCUAGUCGAACAUAACUUUUGCUUUCCAUAAAAACCUCUGUAAAGUAACUUUCAACAUGUCGGAAUUCUUCGGACAAUGGGAGAUGGAUGAUAUUUGUGAGAAAUCAGAGAAUUUCCAGAAUUUUUGUAAAGCUGUUGCCAUGAAGCAAGAAGAGAUUGAUUACUACAAACAGAUGCGCGAGACGAUAGCUUACUCCGGUCAAGGUGACGAUUGGGUUUGUGAGAUUUCCAUGGGAGAAAAUAAAAGCAAGCAUCAGUACAAACUUGGAGUAAAGAACCCACCAGAAAAAGGAAUGGAUGGGUCUACUUUCUCCAUUGAGCCAAACUUAGAAGCACCGGACAGACUCGUGGAGAUGUCCGUCACAAUGCUACCGGGACACGACAAGGAGGUGGUCACUAAGACCGAGAGAAUUCUAACCUCCCGCAAUAAAAUGAAAUCUACUGUGACAGACAUGGCCUCGGGAGUCUCCAUGACAUUCUACACAACACGGAAGUGACGUUAUACACUGAGCACGCGCAUAAUAUAACAUCAGAGCUGGAAAUCAUUGAAUAUGAUUUACGUAUGAUUUACACUUAUUUGUAGAAACUAUUUGAGUGUUCAAUUAUUUCUAAUGAGA